CUUUUUUUUCUUCUAACUCCCCCUAACUGGCUGAUACCCAUUGCCUCUUAAGCCUUUCCUUUUUCAUUUUUAUUUCUUUUUCUCUCUUUUCUCUUUUCCAUCUUUCUAUGCAUUUUGAGUAUCAUCCAUGGAAUAUUUUAGCAGCAACAAAACCAGAGUUUGUUUAACAAAAUUGAUUUGUUUUUUCAUAAUGUUUUGGCUUUCUUUGCCCUUUUCUUUUUCUUCUUAUUUUUCAAUCCAUGAUCUUCUUGUUUCAAGAGGUUUACCAGCCGGGCUGCUUCCAAAAGAAGUGAAAUCCUAUACACUUUCAGAGAAUGGAACCCUUGAAGUUUUCCUGGAUGGACCAUGCUUGACCAAGUAUGAAAAUAGGGUGUUUUUUGACAGUGUCGUAAGGGCCAACCUCACUUAUGGAAGCCUCAUUGGAGUUGUUGGGUUAACCCAAGAAGAGCUCUUCCUUUGGUUACCUGUUAAAGACAUCAUUGUUGAUGACCCUAAAUCUGGUCUCAUUUUGUUUGACAUUGGUGUUGCUCACAAACAACUUUCUUUAUCUCUUUUUGAAGAACCCCCUGACUGUAAACCUCAAGGAAUUUUGAAGAACCAAGUGAGGAAGGAGAAAGGGUUUGUGGCUGUGAGAUAGAAAAAGAUUCCAAGCUGUUUUCAUCUUUGGCUUUUUUUUUUUUAAUAUGUAAUAAUUAAUUAGGCUUUUCUAAUUAUAGUUAAAUAUAAGUAAUUUUAGGUCAUGUCUAGGAGUUGUAAAGAAGUGGAUUUCUUGGAAUCUAAGUUCCUAAUCAAAUUAGCUGGUCUAAUCUCUUUUAACAUUUUUCCUUCAUUCCCUUUUGUUUUAAUCCAUUUUUAAAGAUAAAAUUUUGAUUA